AUGGAGCCUCUAACAACUAUGCGUAUUCAAGCCUCCUUUGACUGCAAUAUUUGCACUCAAGGCUCCAUCAAAUGCAACCCCCUCAGGCAUAUCCAAUCGGAGAUUCAGUCAGAGCCCGGUCUUCGGAAUGCCGUCCGCAUGGCCAUUCCUCUAGGCAAAAACCAGUUCGACCUGGCGGUUGAAUUCGCCACUGUUAUUCAAGUCGGAGAGUACUUUACCGAUUUAAGCCGUUGGCGUCUGAUGAGCUGUGAUCCUCUUUUCACCGCCGAACUCGGUCGUUCCUACCAGGAAACCGCAUUCUCGGCGUUGACGCAAAUGAGAUACCAAUACAACAUGGCCGCGAGUCUAAUUCAGGUAUCAGGUGAUCCACGCCUCGCCAACUGGUUCAAAUCCGAAAUAGUACGCAUUGAGGGUCUCCUAGAGCAGUACCGGUAG